UCGGUCACAUAGGCGAGGCGACAUGUUCCGGGUGUUUGUGAAAACUGCUUAAUUUGAAAGUGCUCGUUUUGAACAGCAGCAAAAGAGCUGGCUUCGGAUCCAAUACGUUUAUGUAUUAUUUCCAUUUUGUUAGUCAUUUUUAAGAACUGGAUUAUUUUUUAACAAAUUGGUUACAGGUUUGUUGCUUGAUUGUACUUUUUUGGGGCGUGUUGCGUUCAUUUGUUGUCGACAGCAAAAUACCAAGACUUGCAGACUUGGUUUUGCUCAGUCCGGAACUGAGCAACGAGGGUGAUACCUGAGGCGUCAGGUGCCCCGGAGGACAGUGGAAAUAAAUUCUGUUUAUUUCCAGUUUUUCUCAAAACGAUGGAUCCAAUGGAUGCAGGAAUGCGUUACACUCCCAAGUCUUCGGGCAAGGACUUGGAGCAGACCGUCCAAUUCCUGCCAGCAACAGACUCCAAAAAACUGGAGAAAAAGAAGGGUCCUGGGAAGGUUGGUGUCAUCGUUGGUGUAGUGGUCUCAUCCUGUGUUCUGGCUUUGAUGACCGGACUUCUGGUUUGGCAUUUCCACUUUCGUAACAUCAAGGUGAAGAUGUACAGUGGCUCAUUGAACAUCACAAACCAGGAGUUUAAAGAUGCUUAUGAGGACUCAAGCAGCCCAGAAUUUCAGGCCCUGGCUAAACAGGUAGCCUCUCAGUUGAGAGAAAUCUACUCCAGGACCCCGAAGCUCUCUAAAUAUUAUGUUGACUCAACUGUGCAAGCAUUCAGUCAGGGCAGUGUAAUAGCAUAUUAUCUAUCAGAGUUCCGUGUUCCAGGGUCACAAGAAGAUGCUGUAGAUAAUAUCAUGGGCAACAUGAGUGAAAGCAAGUCACAGCGUCGCUUAACAGACCCCCAAGGAUCCUUACUUUUUAACAGCGUAGAAACUUCAGCUGUGGAUUCAAGGAUGUUUGUAAAGUCCACAACUAAGAGAUUUCUGGCACGCACCAAGCCAAACCUGGCCACUGUUAUUGAGUCACCAGGGUUUCCCAACUACCAAUACCCACCCAAUGCAUUGAUGCAAUGGCAGAUACGGGCUGACCCUAACAACGUCAUCAAGCUAGAUUUCAGUACCUUCAAUCUGGAGCGAAACUGUACAAAUGAUUUUGUGAAAGUAUAUGAUUCGCUGGCAGCCAUCGAGAGUCGCAUAAUGGCUGAGAAAUGUGGAAACUACGAUCCCAACCACUUUCUUGGCUUCAUCUCCUCUGGAAAUGUCAUGCUGGUCACACUGGUCACCAAUGAGGAAGGAGACUUUCCUGGCUUCAGAGCUCUAGCUACUCAGGUGGUGAAGGGCAGCAGAGAUGUAACAUGUGGUGGAAUUCUGACAGGAAAUUCUGGUACCUUUACAUCACCAAACUACCCAAAAUAUUACCCACCUCUUACCAAGUGUGAAUGGAAUAUUCAGGUGGCCUCUAAUAUGAAUGUGAAGCUGCUCUUCUCCAAAUUCAUGAUGUUGAAGGGUGACCCACAAUGUCAGAAGGACUAUGUCCAAGUCAAUGGAGAGAAGUUAUGUGGUGAACUUACUAACACAGUGCGAACGAGCAACACAAACCAAAUGACUGUAAUCUUCUACUCUGAUGCAUCAUUUGUAGAUCGAGGCUUUAAUGCCACCUUCACAGCCUUUGAGCCUACUAACCCCUGCCCGGGUAAGUUCCAGUGCAAGAGUACCCGCUGUAUCAGCCUUGACCUGCGCUGCGAUGGUUGGAAUGACUGUGGAGAUAGCAGUGAUGAGAGGAACUGCAAGUGUGACUCAACCAUGAUUAGCUGUAGGAAUGGUCUGUGUAAGCCAAUGUUCUGGAAGUGUGAUGGCAUUGAUGACUGUGGAGACGGGACUGAUGAAAUUAAUUGUGCCUCUUGCAAGGCAGGCGAGUUUGUAUGUGGUAAUGGUAAAUGUAUCUCAGAAAAACAGAAAUGUGAUCGGCAAAAUGACUGUGGUGAUAAUUCGGAUGAAGCUGGCUGUGGUAGAGCAACACCAUGUACAGAGAGUAAUUAUCUCUGCAAGAAUGGCCAGUGCCUCACUAAGCAGAACCCAGAGUGUGAUGGCGUGAAGGACUGUGAGGAUGGAUCUGAUGAGGACUGUGGGGAUUGUGGAACGCGACCCUAUAAGACCUCACGUAUUGUGGGUGGUCAGGAUGCUGCAGAAGGCGAGUGGCCUUGGCAGGUCAGCCUUCACAUAAAGAACUCUAUCCAUGUGUGUGGAGCAUCACUCAUCAGCAAUCAAUGGCUUGUCACUGCUGCUCACUGCGUACAAGAUGAAGUCAAAGUGAAGCUCUCUCAGCCAGGCUCAUGGGAGGUGUACCUAGGCCUUCAUAACCAGAAGCAGCUAGAUAAAGCAGAGAAGCGCUACCUGAAACAGGUCAUCCCUCAUCCCAAUUAUAAUGAAUACACCUUUGACAACGAUAUAGCCCUAAUGGAGCUGGACCAGCCGGUCAACUUCAAGGACACCAUCCGGCCCAUCUGCCUGCCUUCUGCCUCCUACAACUUUCCUGCGGGCAAAGAGGUCUGGAUUACUGGCUGGGGUGCCACAAGAGAAGGAGGUGCUGGUGCAACAGUGUUACAGAAAGCAGCAGUGCGUAUCAUUAACAGCACAGUGUGUAAUGAACUGAUGACUGGGCAGAUCACUUCACGCAUGACAUGUGCUGGAAUUCUACAAGGAGGAGUAGAUGCUUGCCAGGGUGACUCGGGAGGUCCGCUCUCUAGUCUUGGCACUGGCCGAUUAUUUCUGGCAGGAGUGGUGAGCUGGGGUGACGGCUGUGCCCGUAGGAACAAGCCUGGCAUUUACACCACUGUGCCCAAAUUCCGUGCCUGGAUCAAGGAGAAAACAGGAGUAUAACUGUAAGGAAAACAGAUUGCUUAGGAUUAUGGACAAAAACUUCAGUGAUACUGUUGACUGUAUAAUUGUUUGUUUUUUCUUUUCUGAUUUGUGCCCAAGUAGACAAAUGGAUAAGAACCAUGCAUGGAGCCUUUAGAAAUGUUGAGGCUGUCGUUGAGGUUAGGUCUUUGACCCAGUGCAUGAUGAACCUGUAUCAUUGAAACAUGUUUUUUGUGCAUUUUAUCUCUGUGAAUUUAUUAUUGAGUUUGUUUAGAUGUUUUUUAAUGAAAUGCUUAUUCAUGGUCAUCUGUUUUAUAUUUGUAUAUGUUAUUUAGGGAAAUACCAGGGUUUUGCUUUAUGUAAAUAUAUGUAUUUCCUUCUUUUAAAUGUACUUACUUGGAAAAGAUUUUACUGUGUGCUUGUAGAUACCAGCAAAAACUAAUGUUUUUUCUGUUGUUAUUAUUUUACCAAUUGUUACUUUUUAAUGCUAUAUGUGGGUAUUGCUGUUGAGGACAUCCUCUUAUACUCAUAUCUCCAUAUACAAACUAAAAUGUGAAAUGUGCUUUUUCUCCAUCUUCUUUUCCAUUCAACAUUUAAAGGGGAAUUCCACCUAUUAAAAAAAACAAAUGUGCUGUAAACAAGCCAGCUUUCUCUGAUACAUCUUGUAAAGGGAUCAGUCACUGGAUCCUAUCACAGCUAUUGUCAGAGGUUUCUCUAGGAUAGCACAUUUCAUGUCAGACUAAUUUUGUGGGGUCUUUGUUUUUGUAUUUCUUUUGAGCUGAAAGAUGCUUUAGACUUUGCUUAUUUGAGAUCUUGGAAUUUGUCUCAAGCUAACUUUAUAAAUCAAAUAUAAUGUACUUUGAGGAAGCAGUUUCUUAGAUAUACACAAGUUUAUACAAAGCACUUGAACAUUAUCUUUUAUGUAUAUUAGGAAAAUUUGCCUUUUGAAUUAUGUUGACCUCAGGUGUCUGAGUUCAUUGUUUUGUUGUUUUUUUUCAGGAGUUGCAUUUAACUAGUGCAUUUUAGAUCUUUUAGAACAUUUUAGAAGGUUUUGGAAGACUUAUUUGUGGCCCAUGAUUGCGAAAGUUCAUCAUUAAUAAAUAUUGUCUCUAUUUCUGUUCUGUCUGCUCCUAUUAAAAUGGACAGUGAAACAUUUAAUGGAAGCAUUAUAAACUGGUUUAUCUGGUUGUUCCAAUUUCAACAAGAGAAUCAUAGAAAAUGCCAAAUGUAAAUAAAGUUCAAAGUGGAUUGAUGCAAAA